GAUGGUGGGGCCCACUCUACCAUGAGAUCUCGUACGUGCUUUGAAAAACCGCUUCUUUUUCUUCUUCUUCUUUUCUUUUUCCAUCGUCUCCUUCUCUCUACAUCAUAUUUACACAACUGCAGCAUUCAUUUGAAGAAACCGGCGACUGACUUCAACUUCUCCAUUUGUCCUCGUUCCUUUCCCCAUCUUCCUCGAAUCACCUGCUCGAGCUAGGGUUCGACCGUCUGGCGUUUUUCCCGCCCUUUCAUGGUUCGAACCUUUUGAAGGAGGAGCCAUGGCUUCUAACUACAGAAACGGCACGACUAAAGCUUCUCAGAAGACUGACAGCAAGCCUCCUGUAAAUUCCAACACCAAGCCUCUGACAAAACCCAAGCCUUCGCUGACUUCUGCCGCAGCCGGUCUCCGCCGUAGUAACCCUGGAUCGCUUAGCGGGUCUGCUGCUGGGAAGGAUGAUGCUGGCGUUCUUGGAAGAGUUCGAGUGGCUGUAAGACUACGACCUCGGAAUGCAGAGGAGUUGGUUGCAGAUGCUGAUUUUGCUGAUUGUGUAGAAUUGCAGCCAGAGCUUAAAAGGUUGAAGCUCCGCAAAAACAAUUGGGAUUCAGACACCUAUGAGUUUGAUGAAGUGCUCACUGAAUUUGCAUCGCAAAAGCGUGUCUAUGAAGUUGUGGCAAAACCUGUUGUGGAGAGUGUUCUGGAGGGUUACAACGGAACAAUUAUGGCAUAUGGACAGACUGGGACUGGGAAGACUUUCACUCUUGGACGGCUUGGAGAAGAAGACACUGCUGCCAGGGGAAUUAUGGUGCGGUCGAUGGAGGAUAUUCUUGCAGAUAUUUCCCCAGAGACUGAUUCUGUAUCAGUCUCCUACUUGCAGCUUUAUAUGGAGACCAUCCAGGAUCUUCUUAAUCCCGGAAAUGAUAACAUUCCUAUUGUGGAAGAUCCAAAAACUGGAGAUGUUUCAGUACCUGGGGCAACCCUGGUGGAAGUCAGAGAUCAAAAGAGUUUUGUGGAGCUACUACGACUAGGGGAAGCUCACCGAUUUGCUGCCAACACCAAGUUGAAUACUGAAUCCUCUCGCAGUCAUGCUAUUCUGAUGGUACAUGUGAGGAGGUCAGUCAAGGGAAGACAUGACAGAGAGGUUGUUCUUUCAAGUGAAAAUGGCAAUACAUCACCCUUGAUCAAAUCAUUUAGGCCACCGAUCGUUAGGAAAAGCAAGCUGGUUGUGGUAGAUCUUGCGGGUUCAGAACGUAUUGAUAAGUCAGGAAGUGAGGGACAUACACUUGAGGAAGCAAAGUCUAUAAAUCUCUCACUUAGUGCAUUAGGAAAGUGCAUCAAUGCUUUAGCAGAGAGCAGUGCGCAUGUGCCAGUUCGUGAUUCAAAGCUUACGAGGCUGCUUCGUGAUUCAUUUGGAGGCACCGCGAGGACUUCACUGGUUGUAACUAUUGGGCCAUCUCCACGCCAUCGAGGAGAAACUGCGAGUACCAUAAUGUUUGGGCAGAGGGCAAUGAAGGUGGAGAACAUGGUGAAACUAAAGGAGGAGUUUGAUUACAAAAGCUUGGCACGAAGGCUUGACGUACAACUAGACAAAUUAAUUGCAGAACAUGAGAGGCAGCAAAAAGCUUUUAAGGAUGAGGUCGAGAGAAUAAGUAUAGAAGCAGAAAAUCGGAUUGCUGAGGCUGAAAGAAACUAUGCAGAUGCAUUGGAGAAUGAAAGAUCGAAAUACCAAAAAGACUAUAUGGAGUCAAUAAAGAAGCUUGAAGAAAAAUGGGUGAUGAAUCAAAAAAAGCAUGCAAGUGAUAGAAUUGUAGUUGAACACAAAGAUGAAUGUCUGGAUAAGACAUGUAGCGCUAGCAGAGAGGGCCCAGUAUCUGUUGCAGAGGAAAUUGCUGAAGUUAACCAGUUGCUUCAAAAUGAAAUCCAUUUAAGGAAGGCUGCUGAAGAGGAGGCCAACAAUCUUAAAAGCCAACUGGUGCAGUUGAAAAAAUCAGAGGCAGCUGGAAAUGCUGAGAUUUUAAAGCUCAGCAAUAUGCUGGAAGAUGAAGCCCAUCAGAAAGAAAAACUUGAAGAAGAAAUUGCAGUACUGAAAAAUCAGUUGUUGCAAUUGAGCAGUGAAGCUGAUGAGACGAGGAGGAGUUUAGACAGAGGUGGGUCAGGAAAAGUCUUUACUGGUUUAGAUUCCCUCAUGAACCAAGUUAGGCAUCCACAACUCAAGGAUUCAGGAAAUGAACAAAAGGCCUCAAUCGCCAAACUCUUUGAACAAGUUGGGUUGCAGAAGAUCUUGUCAUUGCUUGAAUCAGAAGAUGCUGAUAUUCGGAUUCAUGCUGUGAAAGUGGUAGCAAACCUAGCAGCUGAAGAAGUAAAUCAGGAAAAGAUUGUUGAAGCUGGAGGUCUUACUUCCUUGCUGAUGCUUCUUAAAAGCUCAGAGGAUGAGACAAUACGUAGAGUAGCUGCGGGUGCGAUUGCUAACCUUGCAAUGAAUGAAACCAACCAGGAGCUUAUUAUGGCUCAAGGGGGCAUCAGUUUGUUGUCAAUGACUGCAGCUGAUGCUGAGGAUCCGCAAACUCUUCGGAUGGUUGCUGGAGCAAUUGCCAAUUUAUGUGGCAAUGAUAAGCUGCAGACAAAACUAAGAGGUGAAGGUGGUAUAAAGGCAUUGUUAGGGAUGGUUAGGUGUGGGCAUCCAUAUGUUCUUGCCCAAGUUGCACGUGGCAUUGCAAACUUUGCAAAAUGCGAGUCUCGAGCAUGUAGUCAAGGGACGAAGAGUGGGAGAUCUUUCCUGAUUGACGAUGGAGCACUGCCAUGGAUUGUACAGAACGCCAACAGCGAAGAAUCACCAAUUAGACGCCAUAUUGAGCUUGCACUCUGCCACUUGGCGCAACAUGAAGUGAAUGCCAAGGACAUGAUUAGUGGGGGUGCCUUAUGGGAGUUGGUUCGCAUUUCACGGGAUUGUUCUCGAGAAGACAUUAGGAGUCUAGCACACCGAACACUGACAUCCAGCCCCACUUUUCAAACCGAACUGCGGCGACUGCGCAUAGAAUGCUAGGUAGAACUUCUGGAAUUUUUUAAAGGCUGAAGUCCCUAGAGCAUUGGGCUCAUGUGAUGUUGGAAUAAGGGUAGCUCAUCAUCUCAAUAGUGUGGCCUGCUAAACGAAUAUUUUCUAUUGAGAUAAUCAGCAGGCAGGAGGUCAUGCAGAAGCCUCCUGUGUAUCAACAUAAGGAGUUUGUUGGGGUUUGUGAUCCAUAAUUUGAAGACCAAUUUUUUGUAUAUCGAUCGUCCAAUAUUUUCCUAAUUAUGUUUUUUUCUUUUCCUUUCUUUUCAUUUAUUUUUUGUUAUCAUUUCAAAGGCGAAGAUUUGUUGUAUUCAAAUCCUGUUGUAGCUUGUCAUAGUGUUUUUGAAUUGUUAUGUAUAUGAAAUGAUGGUAAUAUGAUUGUAUCUUGUAAAAACAAUAUCAGAAACACUAACUUAUUAGUCUUUAUGUUACAUGUUUCAUUUCUUUUAGUCUAUAAUGAGAAUUUUAAUCAA